GUCAGUAAAUGUUUCUAUCAUGGCUAUAAUAAAAAAAUUCUUUUGUCGUUUCUCAAUUGCCACAGGAGUACUUGUGAUAGGAACUUCCUACGUUAUAAUUGAUUUUCUUCGCCUAAUUUAUCACCUGUUAAUCUUCUUUUUUCCAGGACCGAUCUUUAUGCAUUGGUAUUAUGCAGAUUCCCAAAGUGGGGACGCUAUUCACGAGUUAAUAACCGAUACCAUGAUGAAAAAUCGAGUUCAGGCGACGUUGAUUCUCGUAGUAGACCUUUUGACAGACAUCGCACUGCUUUUGAGUGUGAAGUCCGGCCUAAUAACAGUAGCGAUUUGGUUGGGAAAGUCGAUUUUUAUGGCGAUUGUUUACUUGAUCGUUAUCCUGGCCCUAAUCUUUGCCUAUGACCACACGGUUUUGUCGUUGAUUUUCAUGCCGAUAUUAGCAAUAGAAGUCUAUUUCCUACUGAUUGUGGCCAUGCAUUUUGUGCAACUCCGUCGAUCCAGCGACUUAAAUGAUGAAAACCCUAAUGAAUCGGCCGUCUAAAUUCUAGAUAGUUUUAUG